AUGGGAAAACCCAAACACAUUUUACAUGCUGAUGCGUCUACCCCGCGCAGUACUGGCUUUGAAUCGAUUGUCGCGGGUGUCGUCUCAGGUUGUGUCACGCGCUCGUGCACGUCGCCAUUGGACGUGCUUAAGAUUGUGAUUCAAGUCAAUGGCCCCGUGUCGACCUCAGCCGCCACUAUGACAACCUCUGCUGCCUCGUUGCAUGCUCCAUCUACACUUAUGGCUUCCCGCGCGAUGGCGUCUCAGCCGUCAGCAUCUUCUGCCAUCGCCCGUACAGUGCGUGAGUUGUACGCGUUGGAUGGCGUGCGUGCCUUUUGGCGUGGCAAUAGCGCGGGUUGCUGUCGUCUUGGACCCUACGCAGGUCUUAAGUUCUAUCUGUUCGACUCGUUUCAGACCCGCUUUGCCACCAGAGAUGGCCGCGAGCUUGGUAACUUGCAGCGCACGCUGUGUGGUGCCGUUGCUGGACUAAUUGCUACCAUGGGCACGUAUCCACUGGAAGUGGUGCGCACGCGCAUGAUCUCGCAAACAACUUCUCCAGCCGCUGCCAAUAGCGAAAUUCGCGGAGUUUUGCAAGGCGUCAAGCUUAUUUUGGAGCACGAAGGGCUGCGCGGACUGUAUCGCGGCGGGUGGUCGGGUGUCGCGGGUGCUAUUCCGUUCGAAGGCGUGCAAUUUGGAUGUUACGAGUACAUGAAGCUGACAGCCGUUCGUCACCAGUGGCCGGCCUACCGUUGGCCUGAGGGAAAGACGGAGAUGGAUGGACUCGAUUAUUUUGUGUGCGGCAGUAUUGCCGGCGCAAUCGCCCAGACGGUGGCCUACCCAUUCGACACAGUAAAGAAGCGUCUGCAGUUGCAACAAGUACACUUGAACGUGUCUAAGACAGGCCCGUUAUCAGCCGAAGGAGGCAGUGCAUCGACGCUAUACUACCGUGGUAUGGUGGAUUGCUUUCGUAAGGUUAUUCGCGACGAAGGUCCAUUGGCAUUAUACCGCGGUACAAGCGCCAAUCUAGCUCGUAUUGUGCCGUACGCCGCAGUCAUGUUUUCGACAUACGAAAUGACAAAGAAGACGCUGCACGUCCUGAGCUCGAGCGGCUAUGAGUAA